GCGGUAAACAAUCCAGAAAGAUACACUCCCGUAUUAACUUUUACAACACCUCUCUUAAAUCAAUAGACCACAGCGAUGGAAGGGAAGAACACGCAGUCUGGGUACCUCUUGGGCCGAUCAUCAUGGGAGAGCUGCAGGCUCAACCUCCAGCACUACCUGUUCAAGGAAGAUUUUGGCUACCUGCUCCAUCCAUCGGUAAACACCACCGAGAAGAGUCUCAUUGCAGACGUUGGCUGCGGCACGGCAAUCUGGCCCAUACAGCUAGCGAAGACUCUACCACCAUCGGUGGAGAUCCAUGGCUUCGACAUUGACCUCAAGCAAGCGCCUCCACCCCAGUGGCUGCCAGAUAAUCUGAAGCUGGAUACACUUGACGCUCUUGCCGAGAUACCCGAGCAUCUGCGAGGAAAGUAUGAUGUGGUCCACUUGCGGCUCUUCGUCUUUGUAGUUGAAAACGAUGACCCUAUGCCACUUAUCCGCAACAUGAUGACAAUGCUGAAACCCGGCGGCUAUCUGCAGUGGGAAGAGUAUGACCGGGAAGGAAGCAUUCUCAAGACCGCUAUUGCCGGGCAGUCUGUACAGUGCAUGGUGGCGGCUAUGAUGUUCCCUACCACGCUUAGCGCAGCGUCUCGCAGCCAGAAGUUGAGUGCCGGUUGGCCGUCCAGACUGGGGCAGCAUUUGCAAGAAGGCGGACUGCAGCUUGUUGCAGACGAGAAGAAGGUCGUGCCGGACGAGUACCUCGCGUAUCAGCAGGACGUCAAUAUGGUCUCACUCGAAGAGGUCAGCCGUGGCUGGGCGGAGGAGGAUGUCGCGAGGUUUGGAGACAUCUUCCAGGCGGCAGAGAAAGAACGUGCGAACGCGAGGAAAGGGAUUGCGUUCACAUUACGUCGCCGGCUGUGUGUUGCGAAGAAGCCUAUGUAGCUCUUCAUCAGAGGCUUCGUACAGCGGUUCCACCGAU